CCUCCCCUCGCCCGCGAGCUGCGCACCGGCGGCCGGCUGACCCGGCGGCCCGCGCCCGCGCCCUAGUCCGCCGACCCCGCGGCGCGGCUCCAGGCGGCCGGCAGCAUGAGCGGCGGCGGCGACGUGGUGUGCACCGGCUGGCUGAGGAAGUCGCCCCCCGAGAAGAAGUUGAGGCGCUAUGCCUGGAAGAAGCGCUGGUUUAUCCUGCGGAGCGGCCGGAUGAGCGGUGACCCAGACGUUCUGGAAUACUACAAGAAUGAUCACUCCAAGAAGCCCCUGCGCAUCAUCAACCUGAACUUCUGCGAGCAGGUGGAUGCAGGCCUGACCUUCAACAAGAAGGAGCUGCAGGAUAGUUUCGUGUUUGACAUCAAGACCAGCGAGCGCACCUUUUACCUGGUGGCCGAGACGGAGGAGGACAUGAAUAAGUGGGUGCAGAGCAUCUGCCAGAUCUGUGGCUUCAAUCAGGCUGAGGAGAGCACAGAUUCCCUGAGAAACAUUUCCUCAGCCAGUCAUGGGCCCCGCUCUUCUCCAGCUGAGCUCAGCAGCUCCAAUCAGCACCUUCUCCGAGAACGAAAAUCCUCAGCCCCAUCACACUCCAGCCAGCCAACCUUGUUCACCUUUGAACCUCCGGUGUCAAACCAUGUGCAGCCCGCCUUGUCCACCAGUGCACCUCAGGAGUAUCUCUACUUGCACCAGUGCAUAAGCCGGAGAGCAGAAAAUGCAAGGAGUGCCAGCUUCUCUCAGGGCACCAGGGCCUCAUUUCUCAUGAGGAGCGACACAGCUGUGCAAAAACUUGCCCAGGGCAAUGGACACUGUGUCAACGGGGUCAGUGGUCAAGUCCAUGGCUUCUACAGCCUCCCCAAGCCAAGCCGGCACAAUACAGAAUUCAGAGACAGUACCUACGACCUCCCCCGGAGCCUGGCCUCCCAUGGCCACACCAAGGGCAGCCUCACAGGUUCUGAGACAGAUAACGAGGAUGUGUACACCUUCAAGAUGCCCAGCAACACCCUGUGCCGCGAGUUUGGGGACCUCCUGGUGGACAAUAUGGACGUUCCAGCCACCCCACUGUCCGCCUACCAGAUCCCGAGGACAUUCACGCUGGACAAGAACCACAACGCCAUGGCAGUGGCCACUCCUGGGGACUCGGCCAUAGCUCCCCCACCCCGGCCCCCCAAGCCAAGUCAGGCCGAAACACCUCGAUGGGGCAGCCUUCAGCAGAGACCUCCAGUCGGUGAAAGCAGCAGAUCGGUCUCUGCCGCUGCGACCAUCCCCAGGCGCAAUACCCUCCCAGCCAUGGACAACAGCCGACUUCACCGCGCUUCUUCCUGCGAGUCCUACGACUACCCGCAGCGUGGUGGAGAUGGUGCCGGCCGGUCCGCCGAGUCCAUGAGUGAUGCAGUCAGCGCUUUUCUGCCAGGGAAAAGGGUUGUGGGCCGAUCGGAUAGCACCAAUUCUGAAGACAACUACGUGCCCAUGAAUCCAGGCUCCUCCACUCGGCUGGCUCUGGAGCGAGCGGGUGAUAACUCCCAGAGUGUCUACAUCCCCAUGAGCCCAGGGCCCCAUCACUUUGACCCGCUUGGCUACCCCUCCUCAGCCCUUCCUAUGCACCGAGGCUCCAGCCGAGGGAGUGAGAUCCAGCCGCCCCCUGUCAACCGCAACCUCAAACCUGACCGGAAAGCAAAGCCAACACCGCUUGACUUGAGAAACAAUACCGUCAUCGAUGAGCUCCCCUUCAAGUCACCCAUCACCAAGUCUUGGUCCAGGGCCAUCCACUCUUUCAACCCCGGCUCCUCCCAGUACUGCCGCCCCAUCUCCACACAGAGCAUCACCAGCACGGACUCAGGAGACAGUGAAGAGAACUACGUCCCUAUGCAAAACCCAGUGUCUGCAUCUCCCAUUCCCAGUGGCACCAACAGUCCAGCCCCUAAGAAGAGCACUGGCAGCGUGGAUUAUCUGGCCCUGGACUUCCAGCCGAGCUCCCCGAGCCCCCACCGCAAGCCAUCCACGUCAUCCGUCACUUCCGAUGAGAAGGUGGACUACGUUCAAGUGGACAAGGAGAAGACCCAGGCCCUGCAGAACACCAUGCAGGAGUGGACAGACGUGCGGCAGUCCUCGGAGCCUUCCAAGGGUGCCAAGCUGUGACGCGGGGGCCUCCGCACCCAGGGAGGGGCCAGGAGACAGCAUCUCCAGAGCCGGCGCCUCCCUGUCUGUCUCCCCCUUCUCCUCCCCAGCUCGCCCUCCUGCCCACCCCCUCUUUACUCUGCCACUCUGGCCUUCAAAGCACUUGAUAUCGGGGACCGUAACCCCUUCCCCUGGGUGGUGAGGGCCUGAUCAAGGCACUUCCUCUGCCCACGCGGGGCCCACCUUUGAUUUUUUAUCAGAAAUGGCCAUGCCUCUACCCACCUUAGUUAGAGCUAUUGCCAAAAAGCAUCCUUCAGCCUCUUCCUGCCCUUUAGACCUGAAUAUCUAUCAGACAUGUGGAGGGAGGGGCUGGGGCUCUGAGCCAGAUUCCACACCUCACCUUCGGGCACAGCUCUCAGCCCUCGUCCCUCCAGUACUGGGCUACCUCUCCUUCAGCCCCGGAAGAACCCAAGUCAUCUCGCUGACCCAGGGAGCCAAGGAACAGCGGACCAAAGUGGGCACAGACUUCUUCAUCUUUGUCUCUCUUGGCAGGGGAGAGGCAAAGCCACCAGAAGAUGAAGGAGUCAAGGAAGGAGGUCAGAGGUGGUCUUGAGGGACAAAGGAAUUAGACCCCCAGAUGCAGAAGGACAGUGGAUACCUGCAGUGGUCCCCCAUUUUCAGGCCAAGUGGCAGUACAGCUGUUGCAGGGUAGGAGAGGCAGAAGAAUGAGGACAAAAGGAGGGGAAGACUGAGGAUGAUGGUCCACGAAGAAAAGGAGCAGGGCUCAGAGCCCAGGAGGUGGGGUGACGAAGACACUGCAGGGCCGGGCCCCUGGAACUGUGGAGCCACAGGCCCGCUCUGCUGCUCUGGGACAGAGCGCAGUCCUCUUCCCCGACACCCCACCCACCCAGGAGCGCUGCUCUGGACAAGGCCUGGACUGUGCUGGGCGAUGCGGCGUGUGGGCUGGGAGCGCCGACAUGGGGAGGGAAGGCCAGUGGAGCUGUGGGAAAGCAACGCAGUGUGCAGGGUGGGGAUGUGGGAGGGGGGCCACCCUGGGACAGCCUGGGCGGAGGCACAGGGCGGUGCCCAGGACUGGCGUGGAGACAGUGCGGCAAGUGAGCUUCUGCAAGGUGGGCAGUGCGGCAGGGGAGGCGCAGGUAACUGCGGGGCUGAGAGGCAGGGGUGAAGGCUGUGGGGGGACAGCACGGCUAGUGGGUAAGUAGAGGGCCUGUGAGAGCCCCAGGCCAUGCCGUGGAGGUGCAGCGUGGAGCCGAACAUGAGCAGUGAUGUCGUCGUCAGGGGAGCCAUGUGCGUGUGGCAAGUGAGGGCAGUUCUCGGGACUGGUGGAUGGCGGGCAGAGCCGUGUGAAGGAGACAGCAGGGCGGGACUGAGCCUAGUGGAUGACGUGUGGGAGUGGCCGGCAGCGUGUGCCGUUUGGCUGAGGUUUGUGCCAGGUCCAAGGAAGGUGCAGGUGUGGCCUGCUGCCAGGCCAGAGGGCGUUCUCAGCUCACGUCACCCUCCGCUGCUCUGUCAAAUCCCAGGUGCCACGUUGGACUCAAAACUGGUUACAGGGACAGGAGAGGGCAGGCCUCUCCUCUCAUGGCUUAAGAGGCCACCAGAUCAGCGUCACCCUCUGCCCAUCUCUGCCAGGGACAGGAGGAAGGGCAUCACUCUUUGCUCCUAAGUCUGGGGUGGGGUGGGGUACUCUUUUAUGUUAACGUUCUUGGCCAAACACUUAAAAGUUUCUGAGGCAACUUGGGCAGACCAAAUGUUUCAUCCUACCCUGGGGUGAACAGACCUUCUUCCUCCAAAAAAAAAAAGGAGAGAGAGACUUCCCACCCUAUUUCAGGGUGGUGGCUACGGCUCACCUCUCUGCCCCUGUGAGCGUGGGUACACACGCACACCGCUCACCCCCUCACCAGCCCCACGGCCUGGCCUUACUCCAUCCCGGGAGAAAUCGUCUCAACAGUAGCCCCUCUUCUCCUAACACGAGUCACAUCAACUCAAUAAGCAUUUGUUAGCAGCUGUUGUGGCCUAGGUCUGGGCUUGACACUAAGAAUACAGGAAUUAAUCAGACUUUGUAUUUGAGAAGGUCACGGUCUAUGAGAAAAAAGACAAGGACACGUUGGUGAUGGCCAUGAGAGAGACUUAAAAUGCUGAUAAUGUGCAGAGAAACUGAGGCUACUUCUCCAGGAGGUUGGUGCAGGGGCAGGAGUGGGGAGAGGGUAGAGAUCAGGGAAGGUGGUUUCUAGGAAAAGGGGGUGCCUGGCAUGGGCCUUUGAGGAGGAAGGGUCAGAUUUUUAGGGGGAAGGAGGGUAAGGCUGGGGUCCAGUGGAGGAAGGUGGACAGAGAGACCUGGAGAACCCUGUGCUUUGGACACAGAAGACCUUUGGGAGUAUGGGCCCAGCCCCUCAGAAGCAGUGAAGCCAUGUCUUGGUGUUCCCACGGGUGAAGUGGUAAUGGUGGUGGGUUGGCCUACGCUGGGCAGGGUUUGGUGGUUCCCUCUGCCCAGCCCUGUGUCCCUUUAAGGCCCUCUGCACAGGGUCUCAUCUGGCAGAGCUUUGGCACCACCUCUGUGCCCCCAGCAGGCUGCAGGUGGGCCCAGGUAUUGAUAACCCACCAGGUGCCCUAAUAAUGUCAGCAUUUUCUGAAUGUGCCAGGAUGUGAAUGAAACCAGGUAGAGUCUUGAGAGACUGAGAUGUUCAAAUCUAACUGCGAAGGAGGCCUCCCUCCAGUUCUUGGUUCUUAUAAUCCCCAAGCCCUUAGGGUGGAGGUGGGAGUAGAGACAGGAGGAAGUACAAGAGAAGAGGAAAUUGGCCUGUUGAAAGCAGAGAGUGGCUCAAAAGCCGCAAGUACUGGGUGUCUAAUAUUCCCCUGUCAGCUCAGUGUAAAAAGCUGGUCCUUUGGCCUGAUCAGUAGGUCAGAGGUCACCUCUCCUGGUGGUCUGGCAAGGACUGAGACCCCAGGAUGCCUUGUCGGCCAGCUUAGCUCACACAGGCCUUAUCCUGCCUGGGGCUCCCCAGAGAAGGAGCUGUUCUCGCCUCCUUCCAGCGCCAUCUCUGCAAAGAGUGCUCCAGGGAGCUGUGUCUCCUUCCCACCUUGGUGAGAUCAGAUGGGCCCUGAGGCUUCUUCUGUGGCUACGCCCUGCUCUGUAACUUCUCUUUCCAGGAUCUGGAUCACCAGGGAUGGGCGGUACCCAGAGCACUGGCCAGUUAACCCAGUUCCCUCCCUAGACUGAUUUCAGUAACUUCUACAUUCGAAAUCAUUCAAAUGUGUCCCAUUCCUAGGACAGAAGCACAACUGUUCUCUGAUUUACCUGCCACAGGGCUAAGGUCUCAGCCCCGAGCUGUGGCCAACCCACCCUCCUCCCACCCCCACCCCUUUGACAGAGCUCUGGAAGCAGAGCGCAGGACUGGAGGAAAACGGGCACGUCCUUCCCCUCUCUGAUCCUCCUGCAAAAGGUGGGGACAGGAGGCUGAGCACAUGAGCUCUACAGCCCCCUCCUGACACUCACCAAGCUCUUUGGGGCCAGGUGGGCUGCCUGCUGAGGGGUCCCCCUGGAGAUUCAGGCUGUCGUGUGAUAUUUGGUGGUGUGUGUUCUUAUGUGUGUGUUGGUUACAUGUAUCUUGAAACUUAGAAUCAUUUCCCACAGAAUCGUCGCUUUGUCGGGAAGAGAAAAUGGGCUAGAUGCCUGCUCUUAGGUUUCUGGCCCGUUACCAUGUAAAAUUGACAUUUAAUUUUUCAAAUCACUGUCGGUGCCUAAUCACUUAAGUUAUUAAUUUAUUCUGUUUUCUUUUUAAAAAAAAUUCGUAACAUGUAUUUAUCCUGUGAGUAGGUAAGGGGAGGGGUGGGAGCGUGUUCACGUGGGUCCUGGUUUUGCUGUGGUGACACAUGGUACAGGCCUGGAGCUUGCAGGUCCCUUUUUACUGUGGUGUUGGAGCUGGACAACAAUAAAGUCCAUUAGAAGCAACCAGAGACGGCUACGGAGU